AUGAGUAGAAGCUGGGAUAGGGAUGUUGUGGCUGGUUUCUUUGCUCCUUUGGAAGCUGACUUGAUACUAAAAAUCCCACUUAGCCCUACAAACGUUGAAGACACACUCAUUUGGCCCCAUGUUUCCAAUGGAGUGUAUACGGUGAAGUCGGGUUAUAGGUUCUUCGUUCAAGAAAAAGCUGGUUCAUGGCCUUCUCUUCAAGCUCAGGCAGAUACUCCAAGUGUUUGGCGUCGGAUAUGGGGGCUUUUGGUGCCGAACAAAGUAAAAAACUUCCUAUGGAGGGCGUGUAAGGAAGCUUUACCAGUGAAGACUAAUCUGGUUCGUAGGAAAGUCUUAACCGAAGACAUUUGCUGCCACUGUAAUUUGAAAGCAGAAGAUGGAGUCCAUGUGUUGUGGGAUUGUGCUAACCUUUCGGCCAUUUGGGAAGCUGACACUUUAUGGCUGUUUUGCAGGUCAAAAAAGUUUACAAACUUCUAUGAGUUAGUAGGCUUCGUGUUGGAGAAUGGUAGGAAUCUUGAACUGUUUGCAUUUUUGGCGUGGACGAUCUGGUCUAGGUGCAACCAGCUCCGAACAAGUAACAAGCCUUAUCUGCUCUCUCAAGUCUUCCCUUCAGCCAAACAGUUGCUCCAAGAUUUCACUCAAGCUCAACUAGCUAUUUCUAAUCUUUUGCCUCGACCACAAAGGCAACCACCCAAAUGGGAGCCUCCUCUUUCACCCUUAUUAAAGAUCAAUUUUGAUGGAGCCGUGUUUAAGGAUAAGGGCGAGGCUGGAAUAGGAGUGGUUGUACGUGAUUCGCAUGGGAUGGUCAUUGCCUCAUUGGCAGAAAACAUUAAGCUCUCAUCCUCAUCAGAUGAAGUGGAAGCAUUAGCAGCAGUCCGAGCCGUCUAG